UUCCCAUUUAAAUUUUCGGCCAGCUCAUUUCAUGACCAGCGAGACUUCUACUACAUCGACCCAGUCAAUUCGUACACCAAAUUAGUAGUACAUACACCCCUCGGCACCAUGGCAGUCAAGGAAUAUUCCAAUGGCAUUGCCCCAUUGAAGGUUGCCACCAUUGGCGGUGGGCCAGGAGGCCUCGGGGCAGCAAUUGCACUUUCGAAACUCCAGUUUGUGGACUGGACCCUGUACGAGAAGAAAUCCGAAAUCAGCGAAACCGGUGGCGGCAUUAGCCUACAGCAGCACACGUGGAGGAUGCUUGAAUGGAACGGCGCGGCCAAAAACAUCAAACCGGAGGACUUUUUCAGAUCGCCUGAUGGGCUCGGUGGACAGCAACGGAACGGAAGGACUGGGGAAAUUCUGGAGCAGAACCGCUAUCCCUCCAAUGUGAAUCCGAAACAUGUCAGCUGCCGUCUCAGACGGGCCUUACUGCAGGCAGCUCUUCUCAAGGAGGUUGACAAGUCAAGGGUUCAGGUCUCUAAGAAGCUUGUGAGGGUGGAAAAGCUAUCGAGCGGCAAGGUUGAGAUUACAUUCGACGAUGGUUACACAGAUGAGGUCGAUCUUCUGGUUGGAGCAGACGGUAUCAGAUCUUUCGUCCGGUCCUUCACCUUCCCGGAGCACAAAAUCAAGUACAACGGGCAAUCUGCAUAUCGCACCAUCAUUCACAGGCCCACCGCCGAAGCCAUUGAGGGUAUCCCCCAAGCCUCAACGUUUUGGCAAAAUUUGGGGGGUCGGUACGUCUUCACUAGCCCUCUUGGUGGCGACGACUUUGAGGUCACGGCGCGCAUCAGCCGACCAUCCGAAGGCCAGGAGCACGUUAGCUGGGGACGGUCAUUUGACUUCAACACCCUCGUCCCAGAGUAUGAAGGAUUCUGCGAGCCUGUUCGCAAAGUCGUCGCCCUCGCAGCCGCCCAAGGGACCACUGAAGAAUUUGCCCUUUUCUCGGGCCCGCGACUAGACAGUCUAAUUGCCCUGGGAUCCGUGGCCCUCAUCGGCGAUGCAUCACAUCCGCUCUCCGGCGCAUUCGGCGCCGGAGCCGGCUUCGCACUGGAAGAUGUGUAUGCGCUCUCGAAGAGCAUUGAGUGGGCAUGGAAGGGCGGCCGGGGCUUGCCGGCUGCGCUGGAGCUGUAUGAUCGGAUCCGGUCGCCGCAUUAUGGAGACUUGUACGCGGUGCUCGAUUGGUACGCCGGCAUUGGAGCGGAGGUGGCGGCCGAGGGGCUUCCGGUGGACGAGGAGAUUGCGCAGCGAAUCAAGCGGACGACGGGCAAGAAAGGGAGCUGGAUGUAUCACUACGAUGUGGAGGAGGCUGUUGGUGAGAUUCUACGAGGAUUGGAAGAGGCGGCCACAGAGUAGAAUGUUUGGUCGCGUCCUCUAUCAUAGCUGGGUCAGUUGAUGCUUAAUGAAAGUUUCCAGUGUGCUACCCGAUUGGCAGAUCGCA